UUCAUCUCUUUUGCUUGUCUAUCUGUGUUUAUCCCUUCCUCUGUGUAAAUUAUGGGGGCUCGUUGGUCUCCUCUCUCAUUCCCUGUGGAUGAUCUUAACAAGCAGGGCCUUCCUCCGGGAUUCAGAUUUCACCCCACGGAUGAAGAGCUUGUCACCUUCUAUCUAGUUUCUAAAGUCUUCAACGCUCGUUUCUCUGGUUUAACCAUCAUGGCAGAGAUCGACCUGAACAAGUGCGAGCCAUGGGACCUUCCAGACACGGCAAAGAUGGGGGAAAAGGAGUGGUACUUCUAUAGUGUUCGAGACCGCAAGUACCCCACUGGGCUGCGCACCAAUAGAGCUACAGAUGCUGGUUACUGGAAGGCAACAGGGAAAGAUAGAGAAAUCCACAUUUCUUCUACUAAAACAUUGGUUGGCAUGAAGAAGACUCUUGUAUUUUACAGGGGCAGAGCACCUAGAGGAGUGAAAACCAACUGGGUGAUGCACGAAUACCGUCUAGAGGGUGAAUUAUCUUGCCGCUUAAACUGUAAGGAAGAAUGGGUGAUCUGCAGAAUAUUUCACAAGGCAGCAACAGAGAGGAAGGUCCCACAGCUGCUUCAAAAGCAGAGCCACUUCCUUGAAAAGGACCCUCUAUUCUCUUUGCCUCCUUUGCUUGAGUCGCCGGCCGAAAACCCAUCAAAUGCUGGCCAGAUUCAGCGUCAUGAUAAGGAGACAGCGGCUCAUGACAAAUUCCAUCUUCCUGCAGAAAACCCAACUCCCACAGUUACUAAAUCCCUCCCCAUGGCAGCCAUCCCACAAACUGAAUCUUGUCUUACGACCCAAGGAGGCUGCCAAGGUAUACAAGCAUGCAAGAUAGAGAAGGAAAGCUCUGCUGUCUUUGUGGUGCAGGAAGACGACCCCAGCUUGAACAGCUGGGUGUACAGAAACCAACUGGGGACGCAUGCAACCCUAGACUUGGGUGGUGUCGAUUCACUCCAGCAGCUGUCGGCGUCAAUGAGCUACAGCCGAGCCUUUGAGAUGGAUGAGGAUGAUGACUACAAUCAUGGCAAUCUCCAUGAUGGUGCAUCAGUGGGCUCGUUGUGGACCUUCUGAGAUGAAGCCGUCCAUGAGCCAUGAAAGCAUCAGUACCAUCAAAGUGUUGCUAUUAUUAUGCCACCAUCACUUAUCUCUGGCUUUCCUCUCUAGUGUAAAUUAUCAUAUUCUACUUCACUGUGUCUGUUAACAGUUUUAAAGUGGUAGAAAUAAAUAUGAGAUAUUUGAGAGGUAGGGGGUCAUAGAUUUUCUGAUUGUGAUAUUUGAGGACAGGGACUUCGCUGCUUGCCCUGGCAUAAUAAAUUGUGGUUGUUCUGUCUUGAGUUAUUGCAAGUACAUCUCAGGCUUCUUUGGGAGUGA